AAAGUUUUGCCCCCCCCCCCAAAAAAACCGAGUGGAAGUUAUGCAUUUAAGCAGCGUGUACCCCCCCCGUGUUUUAUCUGUCCUGUGAUCAGCCCCGUCCGCAUUAGCGCGGGGUUUACCGCACACCCCAGAGCCGUAUCCAUCUCUGAACGAUGACAUCAUUGGGAGCGCAGCCCCCCCCGGACGGACGGCAAAGCAUCCGUGCAGCGCAGAGCGCCGCUGCUGAGGAUGGAGGCGUGAUAUGCGGAGCCCGGCGGUCGCUUUGCCCGUUUUGAUGAGUUGACCCAUGCGUACCAAGUAGUCUAUCACUGGGGAAUGAUCCCCGCGAUAUGCAUUCUAGCAUGAGCAUGGAAGAUUAUGACUACCUGUUCAAAAUAGUUCUAAUAGGAAAUGCAGGAGUUGGGAAGACGUGUCUUGUCCGGCGCUUUACUCAGGGCCUUUUUCCACCUGGACAAGGGGCUACCAUUGGAGUUGAUUUCAUGAUUAAGACUGUGGAAAUCAAAGGGGAAAAGGUCAAGCUGCAAAUAUGGGACACAGCUGGGCAAGAGAGAUUUCGCUCCAUUACUCAGAGCUAUUACCGCAGUGCCAAUGCCCUCAUCCUUACUUAUGACAUAACCUGUGAGGACUCCUUCAGGUGCCUUCCAGAAUGGUUGAAGGAGAUUGAGCAGUAUGCCAACAACCAAGUGGUGACUAUAUUAGUCGGUAACAAAAUUGAUCUCGCAGAGAAAAGAGAGGUGCUCAGACAGAGGGCUGAGGACUUUGCGGACGCUCAAAGCAUGCUGUAUCUGGAGACCUCAGCCAAAGAGUCCGACAAUGUUGAGAAACUCUUCCUCGAUCUGGCCUGCGAACUAAUUCGAGAAGCUAAGCAGAACACGCUGGACGACAAUGACACUGCCCCUGUGCCCGGUGAGGGUAAAACUAUUAGUUACUUGAGCUGCUGUAGCCUCAAUUAGAGCGCUCAGCUUCAUGACUUUGGUAACGAGGUAGCCAUUGACUACAGGGCAGGUGGCAGAGCCCCAAUGCCUCCGUCCUUUUGAGCUGGCAUAAGGUCGCCUGUCAGUUCCAUCAUUUUUAGUCCCAUAUGCCUUUGUUAACCUUCAGCUGUACAAGGAAGUUAGUCAGCCUUUGUUUGGCUUUCCAAGAGCAAAUGUGCUCAGAGGAAACUAAAAGCUGCCAUUAUGGAUAAAAUUGUUCUCGGUGCAACAGGAUGCAGAGUAUCCCAGACACCUGAAGCAUCCACAGGAGCUCUUUAAUAUGUGUAGGAAGUUCACCGAAUUUGUGCUAGACACUAGACUCUUCUAUCCUCUUUAUAGUGAAAUGGCAUUAUCUCCUGUCAUUUGUGACUUAGGAUUCAUGCUCAUCAAAUGUCAACAUUCACCAGCAGUAUUAUGUGAGUUAAGAGCUCAAACAACUAUUUUAGUUUUAAAAAGCAAACUCUUUUGUAACAAAAUAGAACACAUUGAAAUGUUCAUGAUCAUUGGCGAAAGGUUAUCGCCCCAUGGUAACCAUGUGUUUACAGAUAUUUAGCAGUUACCAAGUGUGGUUAAGUUGCAGAAUCGUCGAAACCUUACCGAAAAUCCAUUGCACAAUCAAUGUAAUUCCCUCCUCGUUUUCCUUUGCGCCUGAGAAUUGUAUACAGUGACCCUUUUUUCAAAGCUUGACAGUAACUGAAUUCUGUUCUGUGGUCAUUUGCACCUGUCUGUUAUUACAAACUGUGAAAUGUUUUUUUCUCCAAUAGCAAACGUUUCCCCGCUGCUAAAAGGGUUAGGUUUAAAACAACAUGACGUGAAACACACUUGACAUUAAAACUACGUUGGAAAUGUAUUCUGUGAAGCUGUCGACAACAGGAGUGGCUGCUGAGCCUCGUUUUUGACACACUUGUUGUGGUCACACAGUUGAACCUGUGUGCCGCAGAUGAGAAUACGACCUAAAUAUUUUACUAGUCAGUUGAAAUUAUACAGUCUCAUCAAAUGUGACUUCUGUUAAGCUACCAUCCAUUACUUUGACUCACAGUAGUGUGUAUUCAUGCCUCUGUUGCUGCGUAACAAUGAAAUUAUAUCACUUUGUGUUUAAUAGGUAUGUUCACAUAAUUUUGUAUGCUACUUGUCUUUGUAUUUCAUAUGCUUUUUGUGGAAUUUAUUAAUUGUCUAGCAUGUUCUUCCAUGAUUUCUGGUGUCUAACUUUACUAUAUUCUCGCCAUAAUUGUAACGUACUGUAUUGCACAAUGCCAUAUACUGCACACUUACUUUGUAGAGUUACAUUUUGUCUUUUGUUGUACAGCUUUGUAGUUUAUCCUGGCACUUUGCUUUUACGCUGAUAAUAUUAUUUUGUCAAACUCCUUUGUAAAGCUGGCCAAAUACUAUUUUUAUUUUGUCUUUUACUAUAAGUUUAACAGUAACUCAUUGUUAACCCCUUGCAUCUUUGUUUUACGAAAACUGGUGGGAAUACAAAGGAAAACACUCGGGGUUGUGUUUCUUCUACCUUAUGUGAACAAAGUAAACCCUAAAGCUACUCUGUAUAACAUUAAAUAAUUAUACUAAA